CCCACAGGUUUGCCCCCCCCCCUUCUUCCACAUCUUCACGCUUUGCUUUGAAAUCUUGGUUCUACAGGAGCAUAAAGGGGAAUCAGACACGCGAGCUCGCCUUGCUUGGAUCCAUUACGAAGAGACCUGUGAUAUCGGGAACAGAGAACGACGCAGCGGCAGACCACAGACACGUGCUGCUGCGGUUUAGAAAGAGAUUCUUCUGGGUUACAACGACGCUCGGGGAACCGCAACAACAACAACAACAAUAGGAGUAGCAGCAACAAGAACAACAAGAACAACAACACCCACUAUCAGACUGGAUAACAUAUAGGAACCAAAACCUAAAGACCAAUACCGCAACGGCGGAUCCCCCAGCCGCAACGCCACGACUCGACGGGUCGGUACUACGACGCCAGAGCGCACUGCUGAGUGUGCUAGUCCGUGUUGACUGCUCACCUGCCCGUGUGGGAAUCUGGCCAGCUCCCCCCGGUGCUGCACGCGACGCUGGUCCGGGACCUGUCAGCCACUGAGACUGCCGGGGACAUCCGCUUCGUGGUUCCGUCUCUACCGCGCGACCUUGGAACGAAAUUUCGGUGCCCCGUCCUGGUGCCCACUACCAGGCUGGGAUUAUAGCGGCCACCACGCAAGGGGAAGGAAGAGAAAAAAAUCAAAAAGAAAACGCACAACAGCGGAUUCGGGGGCACGGUCCGGGCUGUCAAUGCCAUCCAUCAUGUGGGCCAGCUCUGCACUGCCCAUCCUGUCGGGCGACCGCAUAGGACGCCGAAACAAAAACAGCUCAGUGCCCUCCCCUCCCAGCCCUCCCGUCCUGGCCCAGCUGCACAGCCAGACUAUCACGGACCUGCUCGAGCCCGCCAUCGACGGCCCGCCGUCCCCAGAGAGCAUUCGUGCCUUCAGCCAGCAGAUGAGGCAGUCGUCGGUCCACGACAAGCACCAGUCCCGCCACACGUCGUCGGGCUCGUCAUCGCUGCUCUCCCUCGUCUCGUCGGGCCGCGCCUCAUGGGAGCACCAGCUCGAAGGGCCACCCGCCUUGUCUCGCCGGUCCUCGGGCCGCUCCACCAACAGCAUCAUGCAGGCCCCAGCACAGCGGGAGCGCGCUGACAGUGUCCAGCAGCUGUUCAGCAAGAACAUCUUCAACCGCAAGAGCCGCCUCCGGAGGGACAGCAGCGCCCAGAGCUCCGCCUCGAGCUCCGUCUACUCCUCCGACAUUCCCACCUCCGACCCCAAAUCCUGUCUCUUCAGCCGGAGGAGGACCCAGAGGCCCGGGUCGCUGGCCACCGACUCCGGCCGCCCGCAGAUCUCGGGCCCCUACAACUUCCAGCACGUCACCCACACCGACAAGGAGCGCCUCAGCAGCCUGCAGAGGUCCAGCAGCGCCAUCCUGCGGACGGAGCUGUCCACCAUCCGCACCUCGCAGGUGCCGUCCUGCGGCGCCCUCAAGGGCAUCCAGGCUGAGAGCCUGCGCUUCCCCGACUUCGGCUCGUCCGAGAACCUGUCCACCCUGGACGAGGACUCCACCAUGACCAUGGACGACGUCUCGCCAAGGACCAGUCUCUCUCGCAGCUCCCAGACCCCCUCGCCGCCGCGGAGAUCACAGAUGAGGUGGAACCGCUCGCAGGAGCAGAUCAGUGGGGGACAGUCGUCGCCGCCGAUACCGCCUUCGCGCGUGUCGAGCAGGCUGUCGAUGAGGAGCGACGGUAUCGACGGCAUCGUCGACAGGCCCCAGACCAGCGCCGGCAUCCCCGAGAGGCUGGUCGAGAGCAUAGAGGAGCACGAGGAGGAGGAGGAGGAGGAUGACGACGAUGAGGACGAGGGCCUGCAGAUGCGCCGGUCCGGCUUCCGCGAGAGCUAUGUGCUGCCAACCGAGUACAGGUUCUCGCGUAUCCUGUCGGUGGGCACCGUCGCGCCCGAGGACGUCAACUGGCCGCUCAUCUCUCCCACAAACACGUCGUUCGACACCAGCCUGGCCGACGUGCCCGAGGAGGAGGAGCACGCCGCCCUCACCCAGGCCCGGUCGAGGCUCAGCAUCAUUAGCACCCACUCGUCGCUGAGGGGCAGCAACUCGGUGCCGCACCUGAGGCAUCUUAGUCUGCGCCAGGGCUCCGCCGCCCCUGCCCCUGCCUCGCGCGCACGCGCGCCGAGUAACGCCUCGGAGACGCUGGGCCGCUGCGACUUUGUCAGCACGCAGCCCGCGCCGGGCGAUGUGCCCGAGGGCGGCGAUGCGGCCGAGUUCCUGUCGCGCGAGAGCUGGGAGGACGACAUCGACUACUGCUACGAGCACGAGGUCGAGGCCGACUGCGACUACCGCUGGGAGCGUCCCUCGCUCGACCUCUCGCGUGAGGACGAGACGGCGACCCCCGUCUACUACGCCGUCGACGGCGACGACGACGACAUCGCCCCUUCCUCCCCCAUGGGCAGCCUGCACCCGGGUCACCACCACUGGGACGUGCCGGCCCUCAGCCCCUGCGUGUCCAUCAACGCCGCGUCCGAGGCCUUCACGCCCGUGUCGGCCGUCGCGCCCGCGGCCAACUUCUCCCUCCGGCAGCCGCUGCGCGUCCGCACCGGCUCGACGGCCACCUUCAAGGAGUCGCAGGGCUUCAACCUGUCGCCCUCGCUCCUCAUCCCGGGCUCCGACUACCACCACCAGAUGCACAUGAUGCUCGACGACGACCGCCAGUGGUACCAGCAGGAGGACGACUCGGUCGUCACCUACAUCCCCUACCAGGAGCCCGUCCUCAGCAUGGACCGCUCCGCCCUGCUGAUCCAGUCGCGCACCAGCGCCUCCACCGUCGCCAGCACCAGCACCGCCGACUCGGCCGACCUGCUGCAGCGCCGCCACGACUCGACCGCCUCGUCGUCGGCCGCGUCCUCCACCGCCCUCACCGACCUGACGCGCAGCACCAGCACCAGCUCCGUCAACGUCCAGGGCCUGCUGGCCGGCGAGUCGGCCGCGUCCAUCGAGGAGCGCCGCAACUUUAGCCACGUCCUGCCGGCCUCGCCGCGCAAGACAAAGGACGACGCCGCCGCCGCCACCCCGAAGCCUUCCAAGCUGCAAAAGGAGCCCGCAUCCCCCGCGCCCAACAUGCCCGCACCAUCGCCGCCGCCCAUGCUGCGCCGCCGUCGCGCCAAGACGGCAGGCUCCGAGGCCAGGCCUGCGCGGGUCAGGCCGACAACCGCGCCCUUCAUCGCGUUCCCGGCCUACAACCUUGCCCUCUCGCGCAUCUAACCAUCCCUACCGUCAUGAUGGCGGAGGGGGGGUGGUCCCUACUUCUUCUCUUUUCUCAAAGGGUCUGUGUGGACUCGGGUGAGCUACGAUGGCAUUUCCCAUCCUGGCCGCCGAUCCCCAUCCCUUUUCUUGUCAUCAUAUCUUUGGGACCAUCACGAUCUCCUUAUCGGCAACAUACCACAGUCACUUCUCCUUAUAUUGUCACAUCAUCAUCGUCUCUUGCUUUGGGACCACAAACAAUCUCGCCUUUUCCGGCGGAUAUCAUAUAGGCAUCUCGGACAAUUUUCUUAAUGGCGGGACCGGAAGAUAAACCUCUUGGAUAAGAGGCAAACAAAAGAUUGGGAACACCACCAUCGGAGGACAAGCAACAAUAACCUCCACAUCUCCUUAUUAUAUCGUCACCACCCUCAGCCGACCCGCGGGCAGCAUUCUCCUUUGUCUCGUGCUCCUCAUCUCACCUUCUUUUCCGAGAUGCAGAGUGUAUCACACUUUUUUACUUACGGGUUUGGGUUUUUCUUCCUGUCUAUGGAUGGCGGAUAAAGGAGGGGUGGACGAGUGACUACGACUGGUUACGAUUUGACUCAAACAACUUGCCAAACAAGCAAAACAAAAAGAAAGACAAUGUACUGGCCCCGAGGCCGAUUAUAUGUACAUGUACAAACAAAACAUGUUCUGGAAGGAGCUGGUUCUCGGUCUGGCCCAGGAUGAUAUCUGGGUGGAAGAGACCUGAUAGCUAUACCGCUGCUCACCGAGCAAUAUUAAACAAAUAACAAUGAAGCCGCCG